CAAACUUUGGGUGCGUUUUUAAACGGACAUCUUUUCCUCGUUUGUCCUCCCUCUCAGUUUCUGUCGCCCUCACAAAUGCAGCUCUCUGUUCGUCUCUCUGCCUCCACACUCCACCUUCUUCCUCUUCGGCCAAAAUUUAAUCUUAAUCCUCCUCACAGACUUCUCUUUCCAAUCUCCAAACACUCCCCUUCCUUACUCCUCCUCUCUUCAAAUCAUAAUUGCCGCAUGAACACCUUCAUCACACGCGCCUCUCUAAACCCUGACGACAACACUAGCACUACCAGCAACGGCUCCGCCUUAACUUCUUCUACUAUUGAUUCUGGCGGUCGAAUUGGAGAAGUGAAGAGAGUGACGAAAGAGACCAAUGUUUUUGUCAAGAUUAACUUGGACGGUUCUGGAAUUGCUGACUCCUCCACUGGCAUUCCCUUUCUAGAUCACAUGUUAGAUCAACUUGCUUCUCAUGGGCUGUUUGACGUGCAUGUGAGGGCAACUGGAGACAUUCAUAUUGAUGAUCACCACACCAAUGAAGAUGUUGCGCUUGCCAUUGGAACUGCAUUGCUGCAAGCCCUUGGUGAUAGAAAAGGAAUUAACCGGUUUGGGGACUUUUCAGCGCCUCUUGAUGAAGCAUUAAUCCAUGUUUCAUUGGAUUUAUCUGGACGUCCUCAUUUAAGUUAUGAUUUGCAAAUUCCCACAGAGAGAGUUGGAACAUAUGACACUCAGUUGGUGGAGCACUUUUUUCAGUCUUUGGUGAAUACUUCUGGUAUGACACUUCACAUCCGGCAGCUUGCUGGAAGAAAUUCUCACCAUAUUAUUGAGGCAACCUUCAAAGCUUUUGCAAGGGCUCUUCGACAAGCAACUGAGGAAGAUCCACGACGUUGUGGGACCAUACCAAGCUCAAAGGGGGUCUUGUUGCGAUCCUGAUGCUUUGUUGGCAUCAUGGAAGGGGAGGAUAUUUGAACACUUUAGGUGAUUAUGUAUAAGGGCGAUAUCCACACCCUCAAGCACCCAAAUUGAAAUGUAUUGUUCACAUUUGUUGUUAUCAUUAGUUGGAAUGCCGCUCCAGUGAAAUAGAGCAAGGGAUUUUCAAAUUGAAAUGACUUUUCUGGUGAGUGCUUGCUGGACAUGUAGAAUUAUAUGGUCUAUUUAACUGGCAUAUGAAUGUUGAUGAAGCAAUUAAACUAUGUAAUUAUUAGUUUAUGUGCCUGAAAACAUUGAAGUCCUAGAAUAAAUUAAUUGUCAACUUAUAUAUUCUUUCA